UAACACUGUUUUCUUGUGAAUUCAACAUUCUUCUUGGUCUAAUUGUCAACGACAUUUCAUUUGUUUUGUGUCACAUUUCGUAGAUUUCUUGUGGCUGCAUCGGGGUCAAAUUAAUUACGUCGAAAUGCUUAAUCACGUGUUGCGACCGCUCACUCGUAAUUUUAUCAGAAGUGGCAGUCGUUCCUCCAGCUCAAAAGCCUUGGAUGAUGUUAAAUUGGCAACAGUAAAUGACAUACCUGGACCAUGUGGACCAUGGAAAGAACAUUAUGACGCAAGACAAAAAGUUUACAAUGCUCAAUUAAUUGCUGGUGUUGGUAUACUAAUUAGUACCAUAGCUUAUGUAUGUAUCAAAUUUAUGUUAUUUCAUUCAAAUUAA